AUGCGGGCCAGCGUGCGCGUGCGCGAGACGCACAGGCUAGGAUGGCGCUUGCGGGCAAAGCGUGCUGUGGAGAGUGUUAUUCGAAAGUAUGUUCCCGACCCGCGCGACAAUCCGCUCACGGAGGUGCCAAUGAGCUCAGAGACUUACUCGAAGACGCAUCAGCAGCAGGAGGGUAGCGUGCGCAUCGGCAUCCGGCCUGGACAGUCAAUCGAGGAUUACAUGGCGGAACGUGACCGCAAGUGGCUCGACCAGCAGCGCCUCAUUUUCGAACAGCGCAUCAAGGACGACAAUCUUCCCACUACGAAGGAUGGCCUUCCAUUCGUCGGUGCAGGCUCGCGAGAGCACUACAUGGACAUCGACUCAGCGAACAAGCUCGUACGCACCCCUGAGCCGAAAGACUACGAGAUGGAUGAAGAAACGGUACUGCUGCGGCGCCAGCUACAAGUGGAGAACGAGGCCGAGUACCGCAAGUUCGUGGCGGAAGCAAAGCGUUCCGACAUCGCUGCGGAGGAGACGCAGAAGCGGCGUCGCCCGCACCCUAGUGACCCGAGCUACGACCCCUUCAAGCUGACCCCCGGGUACCGCCCACAGGAUAGCACGGCGCUGGCACAGUGGCUGAAGCGCCAGCGGGAGUCUGGGAAGUCAGCAAGCGGCCUCUCGCUGCAGACAAAGGAGGGCCAGGAGCGUUUCUACAAUGAGGAAAAAAUGGCGACGCAGUACAACGCAAACCCGUUUGCCAAUCGCAUCGAGACUCCACGUGGCAUGUCGACGAUGUGCAUCACCGCCUACUCCCCUGACAGCGUCUUCAUCAACGACAGGGAGGUGAUUGGGUCGUGCAUCGUGACGGAGAAAGGCUACUACCACUGGAACGUGGGCAGUUUCGAAGAGGUGAAUGAGCGGACGCUGUCGGUGCUGUUGCACAUGUACCCAGUGCCGGAUGUGGUGUUCCUCGGCACCGGCCGCAACUUGCACUUCAUUGACGAGGAUCUUCGAAUUGCCUUCCAGAAGCGCGGCACUGUGAUUCACUGUUUGACGACUUCCCAAGCGUGUGGGCACUUCGGCGUCCAGCUCUCCGUGUCACGUCGCUCCGCCUUGGCGAUCAUCAACCCCAUACCUACGAACGGCUACGGUGUGGAGUGCUUCGGCGACUUUAUAGAGAACGAUAUGUUCUCCUUGUCGGACACCCAGCUUGGCAUUUCACCGAUGCGCCAGUUCUCUCCGUCCCUCUUCCGGCAGAACAAGGUUGCCGAGAAGUACAGGGCGACGCAGGGCACAGGCAUCGGCCCGCAGUAUCACCAACUAAGUGACGGCCGUCUUGUGCGUCCUGGGACGAGCUACACGAAGCUUCGACCGAUGCUUGAGCCAGGUGAGACGGUGGACUGGGAGAAGCUACCGUCGUACUACCACUGGUACCCGAAGGAGGAGCUGCACGACUACAUCGAGAACACGACGUGGCGCGAAAUCAAGGGCAGGCCGACCGGCGAGCCGUUGGAGAAGCGCCUCAGAAAGGCGAUCAGCGGCGGCACCUACGAGAAAGAUGAGGCCCCAGCGCCAGACCUCAUGCCGUGGAACUCGGCCACGAUUCCGAUCACCAAGUUUCCACAUGAGCGAAACGACGAGGAGAUCAUCGUCGAGGACCCCAAGACGGGCCGCAUCAUCGGCAUGGAGCGCGAUACGUACGAGCGCUGGAAGCGCAUGAUGGGGGAGCGCCGCGCAGGAUUGCCUGAGAGUGACCCGGUUGAGUACGAUCAGGAGCGCUACGUCACCAACAAGGACGGUGUUGUCUUCGACCUCUCCAAGAUGAAGUACCGACCCAUCUUCGAGGGACGGUGGAACCCGCGCCGGCAACAGAGUACCGGGCGCACGAAUCCGAUCAUGACAUAA